AUGCAGUACGAAAAUUCCCUACGAGACAGUCUUUACUUGGUAAUUCUUGUCGAUGUCAAUCUGAUCUUCAGUCCAACUUGCAAAGCAGUACUAUAUUGUUCCGAGCGCUGUCAACAUCAAGACUUGGAAGGCGUUUCUAACACCCAACAUUCACAUAAACUGUGGUGCAAGGUUAUGAAGGUGUUCAUGGAAUAUAGUGCUGCUCUUGAGGACUUCCCUUUCCAGUAUACCGAAAAUAUGGAAAAUGCUAUUCUGAGGGCAUAUGUAAAUCCAAGUGAUGUGAUUACUCUCGCACUUCACCCGCAAAUUGAAUCCGCCUCCUCGUUUGUUCGACUUGUUUCGGUCGAUUUGUGUGACUGGUCAGAGUUUUAUGCGUGGAUGGGUCUUUCGCUCUCGUCUCUUUUGGCUCUCCUUUUUCAUUGGCCACUCACAAUCUACCACAUUCUUAACAAGUUGCUCCCAACCAAAGCUGAGGCACAGGAGUUGGAUUUUCUAAUAUCCCAUGAUAUUGACAAGAUAGUCAUCACUAUGGUUGGUCCGAAUAUUUCUCCUUGUGUAAAUGGCAAAAAAUGGCUCCUCUCACGCCGCAUGCUUGUCAGUACUUGGUGCGCAACUUACCAUCAAUAUGUUAAAGAAGCGCAGUUUUCCGGAACAUUUUGUCUUCCAGACCUGGUUAUAGGUUUUAAUGUCGGCUUUGUUGCUUAUCCCACAUGGAAAAAGACUCUGGAAAUGCUUAAGGUUACCCCAACUGUUGAGGAUGGAUUGGCGGCUCUGCUGUCUUCUGUAAAAAUGUAA